GGACAACACCAACCAUUGAUUAUUGACAGCCACCUUUGUUGAAGAAGAGCUGGAGUUGGCAACCAACUUUGUUGAAGAAGAAUAGGAGCUGGUGGCACCAUUCAUGCCUAUAAAUAGAGGCAUACGUGAGAGAGCAAAAUGAGAGAAGAGAGUGGUGAGAAUGUGAAGAGUGUGGAGAGAAAGUAAAGGGCUGCAAGGCAGCAAAGAUGAGUUGAUGAGUUGAGUAGAGUGGAUGUAAUCCUCCUUCUCUACAUGUAUGUAUUGUAACCCUUUUUCUAUUUCUAAUACAAUGACUCUCUCUAGUGGAUGUAGGCGGUUUUGCCGAACCACGUUAAAAUAUUGUGUCUCAGUGUGCUUUACCCUCCGAUGAGCAACUAUCAGUACACCACCGGUCCGUGCAUGGGGUACCGGAAUCACCCAACAGUGGACGCAGCUGGCAUGAGGCAAAGUGAAGCACUUGGCCAUCUCUACAAGGCCAAGUUGGAGGGAAAUUCUGAAGUUGACAGAGCUCUUUUUCAAGCAACCGAACAUGUAGAUAUAUCCAAGUUUCAUCAUCAAGAGGGAUUAAAGGAGAAAGAUAGAAUAGAGAGCUUGCCUGGACAGCCAAAAGUAGAGUUCUCGCAAUAUGGUGGUUUUGUUACUGUUGAUAAAUCUGCUGGACGAGCACUCUAUUAUUACUUUGUUGAGGCUCGACAUUCUAAAGAGUCUUCGCCUCUUCUUCUCUGGCUCAAUGGAGGCCCUGGUUGUUCGUCUCUGGCAUACGGUGCAAUGCAAGAACUUGGACCAUUUCGAGUAUAUAGUGAUGGCAAAAAACUUUAUAAAAACAGAUACUCAUGGAAUUAUGCUGCAAAUGUUUUGUUUCUUGAAUCUCCUGCGGGAGUGGGGUUUUCAUACUCGAACACAACAUCAGAUUACGAGAAAAGUGGAGACAAGAGAACAGCUGAAGAUAAUUAUGUGUUCUUAGUGAAUUGGCUGGAGAGGUUUUCUGAGUAUAAAGAUAGAGAAUUCUACAUAUCAGGUGAAAGCUAUGCAGGACAUUAUGUGCCUGAACUUGCUCACACUAUUCUAUACCAUAACAAGAAGGCUAAGAAGACCAUUAUCAAUCUAAAAGGAAUUCUUAUUGGGAAUGCAGUAAUCAACCCUGAAACUGAUAGAAUAGGGAUGUAUGACUACUUAGGAAGCCAUGCUAUAAUUUCAGAUGUGUUGGUUCAUAAAGUACGAACACAUUGCAAUUUCUCAUUCAAUGCAACACCUCAGUCUGAUGAGUGCAAUGAAGCAGUAGACGAAGUAAGAAAGGAUACUCAUCAUAUCGAUAUAUACAACAUCUAUGCUCCAUCAUGCUUUCAUAAGAGUACCACAGCUAAGCCCAAGAAACCUUCUUUGGUGAACUUCGAUCCCUGCAGUGAUUAUUACGUGUAUGCUUAUCUUAAUCGACCUGAUGUCCAAGAAGCCAUGCAUGCCAAUGUAACCAAACUCACUCAUGAUUGGGAACCUUGUAGUGAUGUCAUAACAAGUUGGUCAGAUAGCCCUUCAACAAUUAUUCCUCUACUGCAAGAGCUCAUGGCAAACGGUCUUCGAGUGUGGAUAUUUAGCGGUGAUACAGAUGCGAGGGUGCCGGUUACUUCAACUCAGUAUUCUAUUAAUAAGAUGAAACUUCAAGUUAAAACCGAGUGGCAUCCUUGGUACCUCAAAGGGGAGGUUGGAGGAUACACGCAAGUGUACAGAGGAGAUAUGACAUCAAGUGCCAACCUAUCAGCCAUUGAGAGCACUUUCCUUGAUCAAGCAUUUCCUUGAUGGCACAUCUCUUCCAGAUACUACGAGAUAUUAAACUCAUUUCUCUGUAAUUUUAUUCAAACCAUCACUUCUUGAUUAUAAAUAAGAAACUAUUGAUUCGACGA